GCAGGAAGAAAGUCGUCGUCGUUACGAAGAUACAAUUACGCAAGUGAAGCAUCGUGCUGUUGAAUUAAGCUGCCCAAGGUCGGUGGAGUCGAUCGCUGCUCUGGCUGAUUUUACUCAGAUGCCAGCCGAAGUCUCGUACGCCAGCUCGGAAGGUCUAACAGCUAAAAAAUGCCAGCUCUGUGAUAUACUGGUAUCAUUUUUUGCAAAAUUUCUUUCACUUUGCUAUGAGCUUCUUUGA